AUGGCCGCCAGUCCUCAGUGCUCUGCCCUCGCCGCGGCGAAGGACAAGAAGGGCCUCUCCUACGCCCAGAUCGCGUCUCAGCUCGGGCUCUCCGAGCAGCGCGUGAUUGACAUCUGCACGGGCGCCGCCGUCCCCUCGACGGGCGAGUUUAACUCGCUCGCGAGUGUGCUCGACAUCAAGUCGCCGGCCCCUCAGGAUGCUGCUCACGUCCGCGUUUGAGCGCGCUGCUUGGUUGUCGUCACCAUAUCAUCUCUCUGUAUCACCAUUGUACAAUCUGGCAUCAGGAUUCUACCCAAUUUGUAUCACGAAUAGCUAUCAAAUCAAUCAUCUUGCACACGG